AUGUUAAUGUAUUCAAAUAAGUCAACAGUUAAGAUGGAAGAAAACCAGUAUACAUCAUUGACGGUACCCACGGAUUAUUUCCAGCAGUGGUACCAGUCCAGCCAGCAGCACCCCGAGGCGCAGCAUGUUAUGUCGUAUCACAACAUGGGCCACUACGCAGAGGGGCCCAGUGAUGACCUCGUCAUGGCCGAGCUGUCCGUCCACCGGGAUCCACCUGUCUACCAGGAACCUUUUUACCAGAACUAUAACCCCCCGCCCCAAAAUCAAUACCAUGAGCUGACCUACCAGCCUCACCUCAGGGAGCAGCAGCAGCAGCAGCAGCAGCAGCAGCAGCAGCAGCAGGCGCAGCAUCCUGCACACCUGCACCACCCUCAGCACCAACAUACAAUACAGCAGCUGGAGCCGAGUGUUCAGCACCAACCUCAGCCUGCCGCUCCCUCUCAAGUUGUGACGCCGGUGAAGAAGAAGAGAGGCCGGCCGCCGAAGCAGCAGACGGAGAACGGCAAGACGCCGGAGGAGGAGAGCGAGAUCGAGGCCGCCAAAAAAGCCAAGAGGGCUCUCAACCGCUUCAACGGCAUGUCGGUGGACGAGGUUAUGGCCAAAACGCUGCCUGACGUCAUUACCUACAAUCUGGACAUUCUGAUAAUUGGAAUUAACCCAGGACUGUUGUCAGCCUUCAAAGGACGCCAUUAUCCAAACCCAGGGAACCAUUUCUGGAAAUGUCUGUUUCUUUCUGGUCUAACUGACGAGCAGCUCAACUACAUGCAUGACCAGAGCCUGCCGGAGCAAUACAGCAUCGGCUUCACCAACAUGGUAGAGAGGACCACGCCCGGCAGCAAGGACCUCUCCAGUAAGGAGAUUCGAGAAGGAGGUCGACAGUUACUUGACAAGCUGCAGAAAUACAGACCAUUAAUAGCAGCGUUUAAUGGAAAAGGUAUUUAUGAAAUCUUCUGCAAAGAAACCUUUGGUGUGAAGGCAAAGAAUCUCGACUUUGGUCUGCAGCCGUACAAAAUCCCAGAAACUGAAACGGUCUGCUACCUGAUGCCAUCAUCAAGCCCCCGCUGCGCCCAGUUUCCCCGUGCACAGGAUAAAGUACAUUUCUACAUAAAGCUGAAGGAACUGCGGGACGAGAUGAAAGGCCUGGUACCCAAGAUCGAGGUGGAAGAGACUGAGUACUCGUUCGAUCUACAGCUAGCAAAAGAGGAUGCGAAGAGGAUGGCAAUCAAAGAGGAGCAGGUGGAUCCAGAGUAUGAAAGCUGUAGUGGGCUGCAUGGUGAAGCGCGGCAAAGCAGCAACUCCACCAACUCCACCAACUAAAAGAGACCGAGGAGAGGAGGAAAAAAACAGGCCUUAAUACAGGCCUGUCUGCCGUAGCACACAGAAAUGGACAUUGUAGGCCAGUCAGCGGACAACAUGACGCGGGACCACUGCAGCUGGAGAGGUUCGCUGAUUCAGACACCAGAUAGCAGCUGUACUAGUAGCAUGAUGCAUCACUGAGGGUGAAAAAAACCUUCUGAUGACACCACGAGAAAAAGAGAAGUCAUACCGUUUCCUGAGGCCUCGCAGUGUGACGCACAAGAGAGAAAGUGCCCCUCAACAGUUACAUUUUCUAUCUCUCAAACAGACUGCAUGUUUUAUGUGUUAUUUUUUAUCACUAUUUAUUGCAUUUUGUAUGGUACACGUGUCCAGUGACUUAUUUUUGUAUUUUUAAAAGAACGACAUUGUAUGAUUUAUCAGCUGUAUAAAUAGGUAAUUGUACUCGAAGUUUCUAAUCUGUAAUUACAGAGUUAUUAAAUCUCUUCUAAA